UGAAGUCUAAGGACUUAGUGAGCAGGAGACCGGAACAGGGAUCUCCCCACUCAGCCAGACAGCGCCAUGGCAUGUCAACGACCUCUCCUGCUCUUGCUCUUUGUACUGCUAGUAGUCAGCACCCACCUGUCAAGAGCUCAGCACUGGUCCCAUGGCUGGUAUCCUGGAGGGAAAAGAGAACUAGAUUUGCCACAGACUCCAGAGGCUUCAGAAGAAAUCAAACUCUGUGACGGGGAAGAGUGUGCUUAUCUGAGAAGCCCAAGGAAAACCAUUGUGAACACGCUGCUGGCUGACAUGCUGGCGAGACAACUACAGAAGAAGAAGUGAGCCCUUCCACAGACUCUUUCCGAAAUGCUUGCCAGCCCCACUGGCUUUUCAGUCAUUUCCUUUGCAACAUGAUGGUGUGUCUGUAGAUUUCAUGUAUCUGACUGUUAAAGAAUUCUUAUGAACAUCUUGGCUGACUGCACUUGAAUGCUGGGAACGUGGAUAAUGAUGUAAUGCUUGAGAAAUGCCCCCAACCCAUCACCUACCCAGAACGAGGCCCUGCCUGGAGUUCUUUACGCAUUUGUGUAAUUCCACCAUGUUGAAUAAAAUACUUUAUUUUGCUACAUACACAAUUCCAUCCACAUUUAUGUCCUUACCCAUGUCUUAAAAAAAUAAAAAUAAAUGAAUCUCCAGCCCCAUCAACCAGUUUUAAGCAUGCACUGAUUUUUUUUGUACAAGAGUCAGGUCACAAGGCCCUUUAUUGGUAAUUCCUGGUCCUCCCUGAACUGCUUUCUGGGUAGUUCAGCAUUCUGGCUAAGUGCUGGAAUAUUCUGCCAAACUUGAUUCAAAAUGUGAGAAAACGUCCUAUGUACGGCCCUUCAUCCAUCGAGAUACAAAUAUCAGGAAAGGUUUAGUGGUGGUAGUUUUUUUCACAAAAGGCAACAUUCUCACAUUCAUAUUAAGAAAAAAAGAAAGAGUAAUGGUAAAGUUCUUGGGAAGAUAACAAAAGGAAACAUGAUCCAGUGAUUAGAGUGCUAGUCUGGGACUUGGGAGACCCAGGUUAAAGCCCUUCCUGUGUGACCUUAGGCAAGUCACUUAGUCUCUCCAUGACUCAGUUUCCUCUCUCUACAAAUAAUAGCACUCCUCUAUUGGGGUAUUGUGAGGCUAAAUACAUUAAAGAUUGUGGACAUACUGUGGUAAUGGGCUUCAUAGACAUACCCUCUUUGGGCUGUCUUAGGUAUCUUUUGUCUGUAGCAGGCUACAUCUGCCAUGAAGUGGUGGCUGUUUCUGCAGCAGUGAAGUAAUGUCAUUAAAGGUGCAGUGCCCAGAACCAAAGUCAUAAUAGAUAUAAGGAGCAGGUAAGUAUGAAUUCUUCCACCCAAAACCAAAUGUGAAUAAGUCCACUGUCAAUCACCAUGUACACAGAGUUUAAAUACAUACUGAGAGUUUCUCUUGCUGACAACUUCUCUGUUUUGCUAUCUG